AUGUCCGCUCCUGCUACUGAAUCUAACGUCCCCACUUUCAAAUUGGUCCUUGUCGGUGACGGGGGGACCGGGAAGACCACUUUUGUCAAGAGACAUUUGACUGGGGAAUUCGAAAAGAAAUAUAUCGCUACCAUUGGUGUCGAAGUCCAUCCAUUGUCCUUCUUCACCAACUACGGUGAAAUCAAAUUCGACUGUUGGGAUACCGCAGGUCAAGAAAAAUUCGGUGGUCUAAGAGAUGGUUACUACAUUAACGCCCAAUGUGGGAUCAUUAUGUUCGAUGUCACUUCUAGAAUCACCUACAAGAACGUUCCAAACUGGCACAGAGAUUUGGUCCGUGUUUGUGAGAACAUCCCAAUCGUCUUGUGUGGUAACAAGGUCGACGUCAAAGAAAGAAAAGUCAAGGCCAAGACAAUCACAUUCCACAGAAAGAAGAACUUACAAUACUACGAUAUCUCUGCCAAGUCCAAUUACAAUUUCGAAAAACCUUUCUUAUGGUUGGCUAGAAAAUUGGCUGGUAACCCACAAUUGGAAUUCGUCGCAUCUCCAGCUUUGGCUCCACCAGAAGUACAAGUCGAUGAACAAUUGAUGCAAAAGUACCAACAAGAAAUGGACCAAGCUACUGCAUUGCCAUUGCCUGAUGAAGACGAUGCUGAUUUGUAA